CUGACGACAGAGACUUGUCGCUUCCCGUCUUGCUCUCUUUCUAAAGCACCUCCCACGCCUGCUCACUCCUCUCGAAUUCCUCCGCAAGCUCCCACCUCUGCUCUGUACUCUGCUGUUAUUCCUGCAGCUUCUCAACGAACUUUUCGCGACUCUCGUGAUUGCCAACGUCUUUGCCCUUUCCAAAACCCCUCUUCUUUCCUUCCUAUUGUAGUGCUUCCGCGGAUCCGUUGAAUUCCUGCUCUAGUCUUCGCCAUCUCGAUUUAGCUCUCAGGACAUUCCCCUGUUUUGUUCGCUGAAAUAGUAGUUUUCUGGGACGUGGUGGUGCUUGGAAUUUGGAAGCUUUUUCUCCCGGUUCUCGAUUCGUUUUGGUUCCAUUUACCUUCUUCCCAGGUGAAAAUUUCUGGGUUCUGAGACGAGCGGUAGAGUAAAGCAACGAGCUUUGGAAUCAUCGGGAAUCAAAACGUUGGAUUUUGGCCUGCUCCAUCUGGUUGUACCACCAGUUCAGUCCCCAAAUCCCGGUGGUUGUUUCUGCCUUCUUCCGAAAGAUAGGAUUUUGCUGCAGCUAAUCGAGCAUGAGUUUUGCGCAGAAUCCAAUCCAGACUCGUUAGCUUCCCUCUCUUCUUGUGGUUCUUAACCCAUAUAAUCCCCUUCCGAGGUAGGGUUUAGGGUUUUUGGCACAAUUCCAAACCUUGUUUCUGUUCUUCAUUUCAUUUUCUUCACCAUUUGUGGCGAAUCUUUUCAGAUGUUGAGAUUAAGACCCAGGUUGCAUGUUCUAAGGAGUGGAAUUGUGUAGGAGAAUUCCAUAAAGAUUCGAUUUUUAGGACAAAAUUGAUCGGUUUCGAUCUCAUACCCGUCAGAAGUGAAGAAUUUUAAGGCCUGUAGGCCGUACAAGUACGUCUUCUUCAAGGUACCAUGUCGUCGUGCCUCAGCGGCGGCGGCGGCCGGACUUACGGCUUCGACCUGGACAUCGUGAAGCCGUCGUCUUCGUCCUCGGGCCGCUCCUUGCAUUCUUCGUCGCCUUCUUCCACCCUCUCCGAAUCCAGCAACUCGCCGCGCGCAAUCUCCAUCAAGAAGGCGAGGACUCCUCGGAAGCGGCCGAACCAGACCUACAACGAGGCCGCCGCGCUCCUCUCCGCCAUCUACCCCAACAUCUUCUCUUCCAAGAGCCUAAAGAAGCUAUCCAAGGACACAAAACCUUUCGACUCGUUCCCGGAAACUUCCGACCUUCUUCCGCCCUUCCCGGUCCUCAGCGAUGCCGCAUUCCUAAUCCACAAUCCGCAGCCGGAGAUGCCGGCCGCCACCCGGCUUGAGCUCAAGUACAAGAUGCCGAUCGAGAAGGAGUGCACAAGCCCGAUGAGCAGUGUCUCCUUCGAGCCUAAUUCCCCAGACCCCUUCGACGAUAACUUCGAUGCGGAGUCCAUUCUCGACGGAGAGGUCGAGGAGAGCAUCGAUAGCAUCAUGGGGAAUCUCACCAUGAACGUUCCCAGCGAGGACAACAACAAUGAGGGACUGAACACCUGCAAUGCCUCCGUCAAUCCCAUGCUUCAUAGCCUCAUCGGAUACAGAACGUGCGGCCGGUUCGAGCUCGGGCUCGGGCUCAGGUUCGGAAGGAACUUGCAACGUGCGUUGAGGAACAGGGAUGAAGGUGACUGGUGGAGGUCACCGGCGGUGCCGGUGCAAGACCUCGUUCCAAACCUCAAGUCGGCGACGGCAGCACCAGCACCAGCACCAGCACCGGAGAAGAAGAAGAAGAAGAAGGCGGCCAAAGAGGAAACGGGUGGCAUGAAGAACACCACAAACGCAACAUCCACGCCAUCAAAGGAGGCUGGUUUGGGGCUCAAGCUGAACCAUGAGGAGGUCCUCAAGGCAUGGUCAGGCCGUGGCUCCAUGUUCUCCGACGGGCCUGACUCGCCAAGUUCAUCUGCCGACGCUCUCGCCAAGUUGGCAGAGAUCGAUCUUUUUCCGGAUGCCACUGGCGCCGGCACGGUGAGGGAAGCUAGCGUUCUCCGGUACAGAGAGAAGCGGCGCAGCCGGCUGUUCUCGAAGAAGAUCAGGUACCAGGUGAGGAAGGCAAACGCCGACCGACGGCCGAGGAUGAAGGGCAGGUUUGUGAGGAGUCCAUCCCUCCUCCAGCAAGCAAUAGAGGAAGAGAGCCAGUGAAACCACAACAUGAGGUCAUGGGUGAUGAAGCAUUUGCCAAAGUUUUGUUUGAUCUUUAAGCUCUCAAAUGCUUUUAGGGGACAUGAAUGUGAUGAGAUUUUGUCUCCCCUUGAUAUUAUAUUUUUGUUUCUUUUUCCACUGUAUCAUUUGAAAUCUUCUCAAUGAGGCAAAGUUGAAAAGACUUUUUUUUUCCA